UUCAUCAGCAGUGGACAGUCUGUUUCUCUCAAAAGCAUUAAUACACACGGAGUUAAAGAAAGAAAACCAACACGUUUACGUUGGACAUUAUGGUCAUUUGGAUCCGACAACCAACUUUGAGGAACACGGAACGCGUUAAAGUGAAUGGUAAUGUUUUUUUGUUUUGUUUUUUUAAACAAGUUUGACGUUUUCUCGUGAGCGGAUGUGUCCUUGUCAGCUAGCCGUGGAGGUGGAGCGCGAGGCGGUGUCAUAUCAGAAAGCUUCCGCUACGUGAGGUAAAAAAAAAAAAAAAACUAGACCCAAAAAUGGCUUCGGUGCUAGGUUGCUUUAAUGGACCCGAAGUGUUGGAGGACAUAAGUCACGCUCAAGGUUUAAUGGGGGAGUUGAAGGCGUUGUACGACAGCCGCCUCCUUUCGGACGUUACCAUCGAAGUGGACCCCGACGGAGAACCACUGGAGCCCGGCGAAGGUGCUGUGAGAGGGGGGCCCUCGGGUGACGACCCCGUCCAGCUGUUUUACUGCAGCCGCAACGUCCUCGCCGCAGCCAGCCCGUAUUUCAAAAGCAUGUUCACCGGCGGCUUGACCGAGAGCGUUCAGGAGAGGGUAGCCAUCCGUGGGGUGGACGUAGAGUCCAUGUCGGUCAUCGUGGACUACUGUUACACGGGUAAAGUGACCAUCACGGAGGGCAACGUGCAAAGGCUGUACGCUGCCGCCAACAUGCUCCAACUUGAGUACAUCAGGAUGGCCUGCUCCGGCUUCAUGACCCGCAGGCUGGACCUCGCCAACUGCAUCGGGGUUCUGAAGUUCGCAGACACCUAUGACAACCCCGAGCUCAAGGAGAGCGCUCGGGCAUUCAUUGCCAGGAACUUUGUCCAGCUGUGCAUCUCGGGAGAGCUGUGCGAGCUGGACCUGCAUCAGUUGGUGGAGCUGCUCUCGCUCGACACGCUGGACGUGGCCUGUGAGCGCGAGGUGUGCAUGGCCGCCCUACGCUGGAUUGAAGCCAACGCACCACCCAAGAAGGAGGAUGCGUUGCGGGCGCUGAGGUGCGUGCGCUGGAACUUGUUCACCGAGAGGGACAAGCGUUACCUGGAAGGGCUGGCGGCGAGACCCUUCGUGGAGAAAUACCUGGAGUCCUUCUUCAACAGGCCCUGCGCUGUGGCCGCGUCUCUGGACGUUCCCAAGCAUAGGAUAGGCGUGAGCGCCAAAGAAAUGAUCCUGUUCUUUGGUCUUCCCAACGACAACAUCAUGUGCUGCGACCCGUACUCCGAGGACCUCUACUUUGUGACGCCUCCUCUCCUGGAUCUCAGCAGCCAGGAUUACAAACGCUCCACCAUGGAGUCCCUCAUUGCUUGUUCUAGCCCAGAAAACAACCUUUAUCUGGCGUCUCACCUCUCCAAACACUUCUGGCAGUACAAUCCAGUGCUCAACAGCUGGCAAGAGCUUGCGGAGAGACCGCUUGGGAGGAUUCACUCGGGGAUGGGCUAUCUAAAUGGUCACGUGUACCUCCUGGGGGGGAGGAACCCUGUGACGGACGCUCGUUUGAAAGAGGUCGAGUGCUACAGUGUCCAGAGGAACCAGUGGACCUUUGUGGCUCCUCUGCCACAUUCAUUCAGUAAGAUGCAGGUGGUGGCAUUGAACGAUCACCUAUACGUGGUGAACAAGCGGCGCAUGUUGUGCUAUGAUCCGCGCCGCAACCGCUGGCGCCACUGCGGCUCGCUGCGGCGUGACAAACUGCACAAGGCGUGCGUGUACCAGGACCAGAUCGUCUGCGUGUGCGACAUCCCCGUGGUGAAAGCCUACAGCCCGGCGCGGGGCGAGUGGCGGCGGCUGGCCGACAUCCCCAUCGACAGCCGCGCCCUCAACUACCAGGUGAUCCAGCAUGGUGGCAAGCUGAUGCUCCUCACGCAGACACUGCUGCAACACAACAAGAACCGCGUCCUCAUGCACGAGUACGAGCCCACACGGGAGUGCUGGAAGAGCGUCAUGGCAGUCUACGUGUCCACGUUGGGGCCCGUGUGCGUCUCCACACGCGUCUAUCCAGCGUGCCUCGGCUCGGCGCACAGCUUUUCAACCGAGGAGGACGACGAUAGCGGAUCCAGCGCCGACUGGGACCUAGACGGCUUGACGGACGCAGAUUCGGACUCCGCCAGCUCCAGCUCAUUUUCGGAUGAGAACUGGUAGUCGGACUUUUUGGGGGUUACUCAAGCAAACCAGAUCCAUUUUCUCAACCACUUGACAGUCAAGAUGGAGUUUAGUCUUCACAGCGGGCUUUCCUAAACCUUCGCUUCCACAUCUUACUAAGAUUCCUCCCGUAUUGACACAAAUAUGACUUAUAUUGUACAGACACUAAUGAUCUGUAUUCACUACAAUACAAGACACUGAAUGACUACAAAUGUAAAGCCAAAAGUCAUUCAUUCAUUUUCCUUGGUGCUUGUCCUCAUUUGGGUCGCGGGUUAGUCUGAGCCUAUCCCAGGUGACUUUGGUCAGACCCUGGAUUGGACUGGUCAUCAGUCAAAUGCAAGGCCCUGUCAUUUGCCAAGAAAUUGUCUACUUGCUUCUUGAUCAAUCGCAUAGCAUCAGCCAUACAAUAAAAAUGGACC